UGUUAGGGAAGGGGGACAAUCUAUGUUUAAAAUAUUGAGAAUGUGUAAUCCAUAAAAUAGUGACCAAUAACAAGCGCCUACGCCGCUUCAGAAAAUGUUUCCCACCAAGCCCAGAUAGGAACUCAUUCGUCAACUUUUGCGGAUAGAGGGAACUAUUUCAGCGAAGAACUGAUUCGCAGUUCUGACCAGACUAAAAAACUCCACGUAUGUUUUUCCCUGUACAUCGAAUAAUAUUCAAGGUAAAUGAAACAGGAAAACCGAGUAACAAAAUUGCACUUCUACCUGGAUUUUUAAGGUUUAGAUUGAAGAAGAAAAUGGCGUGCAUCAUGGAAUGACAGCAGAAUUUCCACAUUGACAAGGGGUCUCAAGGAUUGAAGACACAUGGCUAAUCUAGAGGAAAACAUUUCUGAGCGGAUUGACUGGGGUGAAAAGGCAGUGGUGGGAGAAAAACACAAAGGCACAGAGCGUAAUGCAGAUUGGACAGGGACUCUGCUGAAUAAUGCACACAUUGGACUUCCUAGCCCAGCACCAGAUGUUGUCAAAUGCUCCCUAAUAUCUGGGGAGUGUCUCUACUUCCACUAUGGGUGUGAUGGUCAGGACGACAGGGGCUGGGGCUGUGGCUACCGCACCUUACAGACCAUGGCCUCUUGGCUGUGCCAGAGCUGGGCCCCACCACCACCUAAGGGCAAAUGCAGACCCCCACCCAGCCUCCCCGAAAUCCAGCACGCCCUGGUCGCAAUGGGGGACAAGCUUGCCAUGUUCGCUGGCUCUCGCGAGUGGAUAGGGACGUUUGAGGCGGCCCUGGUCCUGGACUACUACUACGACGUCCCCUGUAAGGUUGUCCACGUGCGGGGUGGAGGGGUAGAACUAGAGAGAGCUGCUGAGGAGCUCCACCAGCACUUCCAGAGCCAGGGGUCUCCUGUCAUGAUGGGAGGCGACCGGGACAACUCCUCCAAGGGGAUCCUGGGUGUGUGCACUCGGCCUGGGGGCCAGGGGAGCUACCUGCUGGUGAUGGACCCUCACUACUAUGGGCCCAGACUGGAGAGGACGUCGGUGCAGGGGCUGGGGUGGGUGUCGUGGAAAAAAGUAGGGUCGCUGGAUCAUAGCUCUUUCUAUAACUUGUGUCUGCCUCAGACUUCCCGGAAAUGAAACGGACAAGGACAGAUCAGUGGGAAAAGAAGCGUUUUCGUAAACUCAGGCAGCCCAAUUCUGAUUUUUUUUUCCACUAAUUGCAGCCAGAUAGAAUUCUUGUAAGGACUUAAUUGGAUAAUCACUUUAUUAUAUGUCUGUUGUAAUUAUCUGAGAAAAUAUUUUAAAAAUAAUACGUAUUUGAAAGAGAACAUCUGUUAUGAUCCACAAAUAAAGAUAUGUUAAAUAUAU